AUGGCAAAUACUGAUAUAACCGAGUUCGAGAAACCGACAGAAAAGAUCUUGAGUAUUAGGCACAGGAAUGUAGCUCCCCUGUGGGCGUACUACCACAGCAAGGAUGAGCAGCUUCCUGUUUAUGAUAACUAUGAUCGAGGAAACAUGUCAUCUCAUUUGCACGGUAAUGUUGUGGCUCCUAUGACCUGGGAGGAUCGACUUAACAUGGCCAUUGGAGCAGCGAGAGGCAUUGAUUACAUCCACAAGCAAGAAGGUGGGAAACUCUUCCACGUGAACUUAAAGCCCUCGAACAUCUUCCUAAGCUCUCAAGGAUACGGAAUUGUGUCGGACGUCCACUUCCCGUCUUUGAAGAACCAUGUCCCACAGCAACCAACCACCAAAUACGAGGCCCCAAAAGUUAGUGUGAAUGGGCGGUCCCAGCAAUCAGAUGUUUACAGCUUCGGGAUACUUUUGCUGGAGCUUCUUGUUCGGAGGUUUGAGCCUGCCCCGAGCGCUGGUGAGGUGAGAGACUUUGUUCCAUGGGGGCAGGUUGUGAGUAGAGAGGUGUACAAUGGAGAAGUCUUUGAUGCCCCUCUUAUGGAUCAACCGGGUAUAUAUACUGAAAGAACUGCAGGAGGCAUUCCGUAUAGGGAUCCGGUGCGUGCAAAAGUUGUCCGAAGAGAGACUGAAGAUGCCGGAUGUAGUGUUUAG